AGCAAAGAGGCCAAACCCCCCAAAUAUCAACCCCGCACUGGCCUUCAGCGGCAAACGACCUGGUCCGGGAGCAGCUUAAGAGAGAACCUGCAAUUCUCGUCACUCGCGAAGAGCGGCAGCCUGAAUUUUCCCAAGCAGGAUAUGCCAGCGAGCACAUUCCUGGGGAAAAUGUUGGGCAGCCCCAAAACCGAAAGCAAUAAUAUGCUUCCUCCCUGGUUGCGCGUCGCGCGGGACGGGCCUGGAAGCUCGGAGGGCAGCAGUCUUUCGGACAUCAGCACUUUCUUGACGGACGAGAGCGACAGGUUAACGCUGAGCAGCGUGGAGACCGGACAACAAGAGGGAGCGACUCCGGGGUCAAGCCAGGCUGCUGAAAACCGUCGCCUGGGGAGCACCCCUCGGCGGAGUCUAACCGCCAAACUGCAGCAGUUUCUGUCCCCCAUCAAACGACCUUCCAUGAAGCACGGUUCCAGCGGGGAGGUCUCCCAUGGGCGCGGCGGAUCUGAGCACCGAGAACACCCCUCUCGCCAGAGUCCGCUGGAGGGACACUUGCUGCUUCCCCCGGAGCGUCCAAGAUCCACAGCCUCGGAGAGUUCGGCCUCUCUGGGUAGCGAGUACGAUCUCUCGGAUACGUCCGUGUGUAGUUACAAUCUCCGGAAAUCCAGCGAUCGGUUGUCGGAGCCUCCGGCAGUUGAGGUGUUCCUUUCCAGCUGCUCGCGAUGCGAGGCUUGCAGCUCGCUGGUGUACGACGAAGAGGUGAUGGCUGGGUGGAGUUCGGACGACUCCAACCUGAACACCACUUGCCCCUUCUGCGGGCGUCUCUUCGUGCCCUUCCUCAGCAUCGAGAUCCAAGAUUUCCAAACGGUUUCUCUCAGGGUCCCGCCGCCCGGGUGGAACAGCUGGCUUUCGCCUACCUCAGCCCCCUGGUCCUGCGUAAAGAGCUGGAGACCCUCCUGGAGAACGAGGGAGCCGUCUUCCUAUCUCAGCCCGAGUUGGUGGACAAUCAUCCGAUCAUCUACUGGAACCUGGUCUGGUAUUUCCAGCGGUUGGGCCUCUGCAGCGGCUUGCCCCAGCUGCUCCUGGCUUCCAAGCACGUCCAGGCGCCCUCCCAGGCGCCGACUCCGGAGGGCCCUUUCGUCAACGUACGCUUACUCUGGGACGUGCUGAGUUCCGAUCCCGACACCUUCCCCCCUCUCUACAUUCUCUGGAGGCUGCAUGGCCAGAUUCCCACGCGGCUGCAAAAUUGGCGCAAGCAUAACCACCCAUUCUCUCUGUCCUUCCUGGACGCGGUCAUUAAUUAUCUCGGCCUGGGGGAGGUCCACAAAGCCAUCGUCCUCUUCGUCGAAAAGGUGGCAGGCUAUGCCAACUCCGGGCUGUUGCAGAGGAGCGUGUAUCGUGAAUUUCUCUUCCUGAAAAUAGCCGCGUUGGGCAGGGAGCAUGUGGACAUUGCCGAAUUUGACAAGAAGUACAAGUCGGCCUUUUCGAAGCUGGCUAGCAACAUGGGGAAGGAGCCUCUCCGAAAACAGAGGGCGCAGCCCCUCACCACCAAGGCUAUCGAUUGCCGGAAGAGUUUCGGUGCCAACCUGGAAUGCUAGCGGGAGGGGGGAGCCCAGCUGCCCCCCCUCCCCACCAACCCACUCAUCUCUGCUGCUGCUGUUGCCUGGGUCAAAAAGAAAAAACUAGCCAAGGAUGAAACUGGAGCUGAUAACCAAAUUUGGGGAGGGGGCACAGACGAGGUCCUUAGGCUGUUUCCAGCAACCCUGGGCCCUUUGGGGUGGGGGGGGUGCAGGCGGGGAGCGGUCCCAGGACGGAGACCCCAUCCUUUCGACC